CUGAAGACUGAUGUUCGGUCUCCUCAAGGUCGUGCGGUCAAUAUUUCUGAAGGAAUGUUCACAUGGAUGUUGCCUUCGAAUUGGCUUGUGAAGCACUCAAAUGUAACGAAGUUCCAGUAGGAUGUGCUUUUGUUUAUAAUGGAGAAGUAAUUGCAUCUGGCCGCAACGAAGUGAAUGCAACUAGAGAUGCUACUCAACAUGCCGAGAUGGUUACUAUUAGACGACUAGAACAAUGGUGUCGAAAUAACGAAAAGGAGCUUGACAAGGUUUUGACCGAAUGCGACCUUUUUGUUACAGUGGAACCCUGCAUUAUGUGUACGGCUGCUAUACGGUUUUGUCUUCCAGCUCAUCUGAGAAGUAUUACAUACGGUGCUCGUAAUGAACGGUUUGGUGGAUGUGGUUCAGUCCUAAGUGUGCACAAUUCUCCUAGUCCAGUCGCUCCGCUAAACUGCAUAUCCGGAGUUGAAGCGGAGGCAGCUGUUAAACUGCUAAAGAAGUUCUAUGAACAAGAAAACGAAAAUGCUCCCGAAGAACUUCGAAAACGCAAGCGUGUGACGUAGUUGUGUUGAGUAAUUGGGCAUUUUUAUGUUGUCAUCGACUUUUUGUUGUAAAUAAAUAAAGAAAGAAAACAACAACAACAACAACAACAACAAAAGACCAUUUAACCACGGGAUAGAAAUAAGUGAAUCUCAAUGUUCAUCAAACAUAUCCAAGUCAGAACUGUAAUACAAAAUAAAGAAAGAGAAGUCUAAGAAGAAGAUGAAGAAGCAUAAAAAAUGAACUAAACUAUAAGAUGUUUACUAAAUGACUCCAAUAUAUAGAAGAAAUCAUAAAAGCCUAAUUGUAAAUGUGAUAUAUAUAUGUAUAUACUCAUGUCUUCUUUCACAAUAUGUCGCUUUAUGUGUAUCGAAUCAAUUAUUGAAUAAUUAAACUAAGAUAUAAAUACAAAAUUAGUCAAUAUAUUGUCUGUUUGUAUCUAUGUAUAUAAAUAUUUGUUUCCA